AUGACGUAUUUUUUCGAAGACUGGUUUUCAAUGGUGAAGGAGUUGCAGAGCUCGAUCAACAUAUUUUCCGACGCGGGCCCGGACGUCCGGUGGGUCGGGAACGAGAAGGGCUACGCGGGAAGCACUUGCUGGUCCACCAUCAACGCCACCUCGUUAUCCAUAGGCAAAGCUAGCAUUCUUGGUUAUCUCAACACUGGGGACCCAAGAGGGACGAAUUGGCUGCCAGCAGAAUGUGAUGUAUCCAUCAGAGAAGGUUGGUUUUGGCAUAAAUCACAAGAGCCCAAAAAACUAAGUGAACUGCUACAAAUUUACUACAACUCCGUGGGUCGAAACUGUGUUCUGCUACUAAACGUGCCGCCAAACACGACCGGUUUGAUAUCCGAAUCCGACGUACAAAGACUGAAACAAUUCAGAGGAGCAAUCGACACGAUAUUUUCCUCUAAUGUGGCCGAAAACUGUUUGCUCGAAGCAAGUAGCCAACGUGGGAGCAGAGGUGGAGGCUUUGGGCCCGAAAAUGUUUUAGACGACGACCACUUGUGGACCUAUUGGGCCCCGAGGGAGGAAGAUAAAGAAAACUGUUGGAUUGAGAUGAGAUCCAAAAGUGGAAAGGUUAAGUUCAAUGUGAUCAGGAUCCAAGAGGCAAUAGGGUUAGGGCAGAGGAUCAUGAAACACGAGAUUUACGUUGACGGGAUAAGGGUCGCGAAAGGGAGCACGGUCGGGUAUAAGAGACUUCACAGACUUGAAAUGGGAGUUGUGAAUGGGUCUAGUGUGAGGAUUAAGAUUGUUAAAUCAAAGGGAGUGCCUUUGAUUUCCUCUUUGGGGCUCCACUUUGAUCCCUUUUGGAACACAAACUAG